AGUGAAUGAGCCCCAUCCAUCUUUACCUUAGUAAGGUACCUAGUAGUACCUAGGUAGGUAGGCACCUUGGUAAAUGCAGUGGGGCCGCCCCGACGCACCCGAAUGCCCCUGUGCUGCUCCAGUUCUGCGAGUCCAGGCGCCACCAAUUCCCGUCCAUCGUCGACCGGACAAAGACAACCUCGGAAGCGUCAACCUCGAGACUCCCGUCAGCCCGUCGCCCUCCCCCUCUCGACGCAUACAUGGAGUUCGAGGCACUACAGGCGCGGCUGGGCCAAGCGCUGCAGCAUGCGUGGUUGAAUUUCCAAAAGGUGCCCGGCUCGGCUGUGCUGGUGCGGUACAUCCAGUCAAGCUACCAGAACGACCCUGUGCGGUCCGCCAUCGAACUCAUCCUCGUGCUCUUCUUUAUCCGAUACCUACUGUCGCCUUCCUAUUCUACCCAUAAGCUCAACUACGUGAAACUGAGAGAAGACGUAGGUAGCGCGCCACCUCUGUUGCGACCGCACCGCUGAUGCAAUAGGGUGCGCAGGAAAUCGAUGAGCUGGUCGAUGAAUGGACCCCUGAGCCGCUUGUUGCGGAGAGGACAUCGCUCGAGGAGGCCGACGGAGACAAAGUUCCCGUCAUCGUUGGGUAAUUACCAUUCCUCGGCGGCGUCCCUGCUGCUUGAUGAUGUCGAGACCCGCAAGACUGACGACCCUCGUGAUCCCAGGCCGCCUGGCCCCAAGGUCAAGCUCGCCACCGGCCGCACCGUUACGAACCUCGCGUCGUACAAUUUCUAUAACUUCAAUGCCAACGAGCAGAUAAAGGAGAAGGCAAUCCAAACCUUGCGAACCUAUGGGGUCGGACCCUGCGGGCCGCCGCAGUUUUACGGCACGCAGGAUGUCCACGUCAAGGCCGAAGCGGAUAUCGCCAACUUCCUGGGCACAGAAGGCUGCAUAGUCUACGCACAGUCCUUCUCGACCAUCUCCAGUGUUAUCCCCGCCUUCUGCAAGCGCGGUGAUGUUAUUAUUGCUGACAAGGCUGUCAACUACUCCAUCCGCAAGGGACUGCAGGCCUCGCGGAGCCACAUCAAGUGGUACAACCACGGGGACAUGGCACAUCUGGAAAAGGUGAUGCAGGCCGUGGUCAAGGAGCAGGCCAAGGCCAAGAAACUCACUCGGAGAUUCAUCGUCACAGAGGGCUUGUUCGAGACCUUGGGCGACUCCAUCGACUUGCCCAAGCUGGUCGAGCUCAAGGAAAAGUACAAGUUCCGGAUCAUCCUCGAUGAGACAUGGUCUUUUGGUGUUCUCGGUCGGACGGGUCGCGGCCUCACGGAAGCGCAAAACGUGGACCCCCAGCAGGUGGACAUGAUUGUCGGGUCUUUGUCGGGACCGCUGUGCGCCGGUGGUGGCUUCUGUUGCGGAACCAAAGACGUGGUAGAGCACCAGCGCAUUACCUCGUCGGCAUACACGUUCUCGGCCGCUCUACCAGCCAUGCUGGCAAUGACGUCAAGCGAAACGGUGCACCUGCUGCAGGCCAACCCGGAUAUCCUUACGCAAUGCCGGGACAACGUCAAGGCGAUGAGAGCCCAGCUUGACCCUCGCAGCGACUGGGUUAUGUGUACCAGCGCGCCUGAGAACCCCGUCAUGCUCUUGGUGCUCAAACCCGAGGUUAUCAAGGCGAGGAAGCUGAGCGUUGACGACCAGGAACGCCUCCUGAUGGAAUGUGCAGAUGAGGCACUAGCGAAUGGCGUCUUAGUUGCAAGGUUCAAGAACAGACCUUACCACUAUGCCAUUGCGGCCAAGGAUGGCGACUGGUACGCACAACCGGCGCUGAAGGUGUGCAUCACAUCGGCUCUCUCGAAGAAGGACAUCGAGAAGGCGGGCGUCACGAUCCGGCACGCCAUCACCAAAGUCAUGACCCGUAAAGGGAGUAGCAAGUCGGCCUGAGAGACCAACAGUGAGGACUUUUGAGGGACUCACUUGCCGACUUGCGCGGGACAGCGUGCUGAUACGAUGUGGGCAAAGGCCCCGACUGGAGACGAGGCGCGCCCAGACGGCAUGGGCCAACGAGGCGGAAGGAGGACACCAACGUCCAACCCCCAAGACGGCGCGGGGCUGUACAAAAGAAAGAGGCGGCAUACUGUACUCCGGUUGCGAAAACUUAAUGACUAAUAAAUAGAAGUUGCAUUGUGCGCCCAGCUGGUUCACUGUGUCGCUGUUGGGAAGGUCGACUGACACAAGGGACUCAUGACCCGGUCCAAUGCGACGCGACACGCUGCCAGUUGAAAUCGGGAGGCGGAUGGGCGCUGAAUCGGCAUGUCGCCCAGCCCCCAGCAGACAUGAUUGCCAGCCUGUCUCGUUUCUACGAUGACGAUGAUGCAGGGAUGCAUUCACCAAGCCAGGCAAGGAUCGAGAACAGGCAAAGCAAUGGCGACGACCAGGCGGCUCGUUAGCGAUGCAAUGCAAGCAUUCGUCACACCGAGGCAACGACAGGUCUUGCGGCAUGCAAAGACGGGGGUUUCCUGGCCAGAGGUGCCUUGAGCGCAUCACGAUGGAGAAAUGCGGCGGUUGACAGGGGCGACGGCUGCGUCAAGCUGCCCACGAGGGCAUGACGUAGCCUGCCUGCCGGUGGAGGUCAGUACCAAGAAGGUAUUGUGCAGGUUGGUAGUAUAGUGUGUUCGGUAACGCGACACAAGGGAAAAAAGGGAGGAGAAGGAGAAGGAAGCAGCUUGGAAGAAAGAGAGCAGGGACGAUGAGGAGGACAGCAAAGGCUUGUGAGACAAAAUUGGUUGUUCAAGUAUGCUCGCUUAGGUAGUCAGUAGGCCCCUGCC